AUGGCAUCGAACCUGUGGCCGGACCACAGGACCAUGCCCGCCACAAGCGAAGGCUGGUGUGGGGCCUUCCAUCACAAGGCCACGGAGUACUUCCGGGCGUGCCUGGAGACCUGUGGAGCUCUCCGGAAAAAGCUCGAGGAGCCCGAUUGCCUGGGUCCUUUCCUGCGGGACAGCGCGCUGUCGGAGGAUGCUUUCAAGCGUUCCACGAGCCUGCUUGGCUUCACGCACUACAACUACUCUCAGUUCAACCCCGUUGGCGGGUAUUCUGCCUCAGAGAAGACCCAGCAGCAAGUCUUCGGCAUCCGCCCACACCAAGAUGAUGGCUUGUGCACCUUGUUGUACACAGAUGGACAGGGAGGCCUCGAGUACGCCAAAGGUUUGCGAAAUGCGUCUUCCCAGGCAAUGAUGUCGGACCUCUCACUUUACUCCGGUGCACAGUGCCGCGCUGAUCUCCAGUUUUCAGAUGCGGUGGUUUGGGAGCCGGUUCCCUUCCUGCCAGGGCACUGGAUCGUCAACCUGGGAACCGACCUCUUCCGCUGGGCGCAGCAGUCCUCCAGCCGAUCCUCGUCGUGUCGACCCUGCAAGGCGACCCUCCACCGAGUCGUACCGAUCACCGGAACCAGAGAUCGCUACUCCAUGCCCUUCUUCUACGAGCCGAACCUGGACGUGCGUGAUCCAUGCCCUCCGCACACACCGAGGUAUGAGUACCUGAUGAAAGAUGCUGCUGGCGGCGUGGUGCAAAAGCUGCCGGAGAAGUCUGUGAAGCCAUAG